GAGAAAGUGCGUCAGGAUUCUGUGUUCCUUCUCAUUGAGUUAACUUCUCAGGUUUCAGCCGUCCGCGGAGCAGCCGAGGCAUUUCCUUCUUUUGCGCUUACACCGCUUUCUCAAAUCUUCUGAAACAAACAAAUUCUCAGCAGAGACUUGUGGAUUAAUCUGCGUCUACGCUGUUGGAUGAUGGGUUUACGGAUAUUAUUGCCUGUUCUCCUUGUUUUUUACCUGGCGACAACAGUUUUCGCCCAGUCUUCCACACCUGAGAACGUGUGUGAGACGAAAAAUGGGACAAGCUGUGAGGAAUGUCUGCAAAAUGUGACGUGCUUGUGGUGUAUCACAACAAAGUCAUGUAUAACAUAUCCAGUGAAAACCAUCCUACCACCCCAUGCACUCUGUCCUCUGAAUGAUGCACGCUGGGGACUCUGCUGGAUGAACUUCCAGAUCUUGAUAAUCACCUUAUCAGUGCUUGGUGCAGUUCUCAUCAUUGGCUUCUUCAUCUGUCUGUUCUGCUGCUGCAAGUGUGAGAACUUUGGAUCCCAAAGGUUUGAGGCCAAGAUGCACCGACAGGCCAAUAAGCUGAAAACCAAGCAGGAAGAAAGGAGGGCAGAGAUGAAGCAAAGACACCAGGAAAUCAGGCAGAAAUAUGGUCUAAGUGGGCAAAAUCCAUACUCCAAAUUUUCUUGAAAUGGAUCUUUCAGCUGAGAUUAUGCAUCUAUGAAGAUACCCAUGAGCUGUCUUUUGGUGAUAUGAAGUGAAUGCAGAAUUAUUGUAAACAAUAACAAAUCAAAUUUAAGAAAAGUAUUUUUGAAUAGACUAGCAUCAUUCAGUCAAUAAACCAUUCAAAGAAUGCUACAUUUACUGUGAUGACCCAAGAGGCUGUAACCAAAUGCUUAUAAGAGACAUAUAGUAUCAGUAUAUUUAGUAGUAUAUUUCCUGUGGCUCCUAUAGCAUUAAGUGCCUAUUCUACUAAUCUAGUAUUUAUGUGGGUAAAUGUUUAGUUUAAUUGCACUGAAUGGAAAGGGUCCAGUUUGGUUGCUGGACAAUCCUUUCCUUUAGCUUUAGAAAAUCAGUUGCAGCUGUACAUUUUCAGAUAAUUUUUGCUCCCCAGAGUUGCUGUUGUGAUAACUUCUUUUUUUUGUACUUUAUUUUUAUCUUGUUUGAAAUGGACUCAUUCCAAUUUGGAAAUCAAAUUACCGUUUUAUUGCUUUUCCCACUGAUAACUAUUAAUUAAAAUGCAUCAUAUUUGCAGAGAAAAUUCUCAUAAUGUAAAAACGUAAUCAUUGUAAUCAUUUAAUCGAGCAGAAUCUUUUAAUCUAAAAGCUGGCUUGAAGGCAUCUUAAAUGAGGCUAAUAAGACUUUAGAUUGAUCACUGAUUCUGGCAGUAGCACUGAUUAUGUUUAUUUCCUAAAGAGCUUUCAUUAUAACUCACCUUUUAUAAUAGAUUGCCUGUUUUGUCAAAGAUGCCAAUAAAUCAAACAUCUGAUUAAAAGAU